AAUAAAAAUGAAGAUAUGAUCAGUAUCUUGGAUCAUAUUCAUGAGAAUUAUGUCCCACAUACAGCUGAGGAACACUCACAUGUCAUCCGAAAGAAAGUAUUUGGGGGGGAUGUUCUUACAAAUGAAAGAGCAUAUUCUGCACAGUUAGCUAUGUUAAAUGGAGCUACAGAUUUUGAGCAGAUAGCAGGUGUCAUACAUAGGCCAGAAGGACUGCAUAGAAUGAUGAAUCUAUGUCUGGUAAUUCUCUACCAGCAGUUUUACAAGGCUUCAUCUACCAAUGACCGGGGAACUCUUUCCCAGUUGAGAAACAUUGUUCAUCGAGUUGAUGUUAAAGGAGCAGAAAGAGUUAUCGAAAGUUACAGAGCACACUCUGCUUUCAUUGAUGAUUGCUUAGAUGCUUUCAUUGUUGGUGCCUGUAUGCAUCACUUGAAAAUGGAGAGUAUUGAAUGUGAACCACAGUCCAAACAGAUUCUCUUUGAGGCCAUCUCAUCAGAGGAUAAGAUGCAGUUCAUUGCUAACAUCGCAUCAGAAAUACAGAAAAAGUACAUCAAUCUGGAAAACGAUUUGCACACCUUGGAACAUGCUUCUGAGAAACUUGAUAUGCAAGAGCAACAAAUCAAAGAUAUGUUUGAUGCCACAGAGGGAUUAUACCACUGUGUUGAUUGUCGACGCCCAUACAAGAAGCAGGGACACCUUAAAAAUCAUCUUAAAAAAGAACAUGAUUGGGAAUUUCAUCAUCAAGAUCAAGAAGCUGGUGAAGAUCAUGAUCGAGUGGCCCUUUACAGAGCAUCAUUUAUGAAAUGUGCUCUUCUACUUAGAGACACAAGUGACGCUUAUAAAUUGGGUGAUGGAAAUAGAAUUAUGGACAAUUCCAAAUUUCAAAUGCUUCUCUCAGGGAUUGCACAUCAUACAAAAUACCAACUAUGGCUAUUCAGAUUUCUAGCAAACUAUCACUGCUUGCUAAGUCCAAGGGAAGCAUUUGAGUACAAAUGGAACUGCACAACAAAUAUGAAAGGUGGAUGUGGGGAUAACAUUCCGAAUGAUAAUUUGGUAGAGAUUCUAGUCCAUCGACUUAAAUCAAAGUUGCAAUCGCAGGGAGCAAAUGUGACAUUUUCAAGUGCGCGGAAGGCAGCUUUGACUCUUCAAAUACAAGAUGAGAUCAAGGAAAAUUUAAUUGAGAAGUCUGGCAUGAAGAAAUCGGGGACCACUCGUUCAAGCACUUCAAUGGACAAAGACAUUGUACUUAUGGUGACUGAACUCUCUGCUGCCAGUGUGUUUGAUUACAUUCCUGGUAGAAAAUAUGACAAUUUCAAAAACUUUAAUGAUCUGUUUUCCAGAAUUAAUAUCCCAGAAUUACACAAAUGGUUAAGUAAACAAAAGGAGAGACUGUCUUAUGAAGCCAUUUAA